CCGCGUUUAAGUAACAUCAAUAAAAUCAAUCCAAGUAACAAAAACCUUAGCCUAAGUAAACUACUAGCACGAGAAUUUCUAUCUUUAAUUUCAAAAAAAUAAAAUAAAAUGGAUUCUCUUCCUCUCAGCGAUGAUCGAUCUGAGAUUGUGUUCUUCGACGUAGAAACCACCAUUCCGGGACAAGGUCAGCCUUUUGCAAUUUUAGAAUUCGGAGCUAUUCUGGUGUGUCCUAGGAAACUGACGGAGCUUCGAAACUACACAUCUUUGGUCCAACCUGCUGACCUUUCACUCAUUUCUGAGAAAUCGAAGCAAUGUAAUGGAAUCAGCCGCGAAGCUGUUGAAAAUGCGCCUACUUUCGCUGAUAUUGCUCCUGCAGUCUACAAUCUUCUUCACGGGAGGAUUUGGGCGGGUCAUAAUAUCUUAAAAUUUGAUUGUGUGAGGAUUAGUAAUGCUUUUGCUGCGAUUAAACAUUCACAGCCUAAACCUAAGGGUACAAUUGAUUCUUUGGUUUUGUUGACACAAAAGUUUGGAAAAAGAGCCGGUAACAUGAAGAUGGCUACUCUUGCUACCUAUUUUGGUCUUGGACAACAGACACACAGGAGCUUAGAUGAUGUUCGGAUGAAUCUUGAAGUUCUCAAAUGCUGCGCAACAGUUCUAUUCUUGGAAUCAAGUCUCCCAGAUAUAUUGGCUGAAAAAUGUUGGGUUUCACCAAAUGCUGUUACAAGAAGCCGCAAUAAUGGGAAAUCUCGACCAGAAGGGGGUUUGUCAAAUAUGAAUAAGGAUUCUGUGUUGGUAUCAUCUCCUGAAACUAUAGAUAAAAAUCAUCCAAUCCUUUCUCUUGCACCAAGCAACACAAAAUUGGUUGUCUCAAAUGUUGCACAUUCCAGUAAUGCUCAAUCAGAUUCUUUUAGCUCUCGUGAUCCUCAGGAUAAAAAUAAUAGAGAAUCCAUUGGGAAAGAUGUUGCCAUGGAUGAAAAACCCAUGCAAUAUCCACCUGAUUCAUCAGCCUUUUCUUCUAUGCCCCAGGCUUGCAGCAGCUCUAUUGCUAUUUUAGAGCCAGAAAAAAUAUGUAUUUCUUCCAUUGAUGCAUCUCUUGUUCCAUUUUAUCGCGCCAGUCAAAAGAUAGAAUUGCAUCAUGAUGGCUUCCCAUUUCAGCUUCAUUGUUCUGGUUUGAAAGUGCGGUUUGGAAUAAGCACAAAAUUUGUUGAUAGUGCUGGUCGGCCACGGUUAAAUUUUGUGGUUGAUCCAUUACCAAGUUUAUGUAAUGUUCUUGAUGCAUGUGACAAUGUUGCCCGUAAGUUAUCCUUGGAAUCUGGUAGCGGCUCUGAUUGGAGGCCAAUUGUUACUAGGAAAGAGGGCUUCUUCAACUAUCCUACUAUAAGAUUACAUAUACCUACAACAGUAUGCGAAGAGAUUUCCAUUUACACAACUGAAAUAUAUCAAAAAGAAUCAUCUGGGUUUGUGCAAAGGCUUCUUAAGUUCGACACUACAGAACUUGAUUCCUUGUUCAAACCUGGGACAUUUGUUGAUGCAGUCUUCUCCUUGGAUCCGUAUGACUAUCAUCAGAAUGCAGGGAUUAAAUUAGUCGCCAAGAAAUUGAUCAUUCAUUGCAUGUAGAAGUUGAUCUACGAGGAACGUAAGAGUUUGCUGCACGAUGAACGUAAUUUAUAUUAAUGGUUCAACCUAGAAGUUGAAUAUAGGACCUCCCGGAGAAGUGAUUGCUCUGAUUUGCAUUUCUUGGCAACAAUCAAUGAAUCUAUGGGCAACGCUUUCAAAUAAUGUCAAAUUUGAUCAAACAAAUGAUCAACAUUAAAAAGUAUGAAAAAGGUUAACAUGUGCCUCAAGGGCAUAGGGCACAUGUUAAGAAAUUAAAAGUAGAAAUUUUAUUUA